UGCAGAAGGGACGCAAAAUUAGAGGUAGACAAAAAUCAAAAUGAAAUUCUUUACACUGCUGCUCAGUGUAGCAUUUUUAGCAGCUGGCAUUGCAGCUGUAAAUGGCAAACUUACAAACGAACAACAACAUGGCAAGACCUCAAUGGCACCUAAGCCAGCUGUCAAGCCCACAGCAGCACCCCUCAUGACCUCCACAUCAGCCCCCACCAAAACACCCAAAGCUCAAGUCUCACCCACCAAAGCAGCUACAGUGAAAACUUCUAUGAAGCCUAAAUCCAGCAGCACAACUGCAGGCAUUAAAACCGAAAUGAAACCCACUGAAAAGACCACCAUGGAUAAAGAAAUGAAAAUGGAGGCUUUACCCAUUGAAAUGCCCGCCACAGUAGAUCACCCUAUGCAGGCUGAAGAAUCAAAACCCCUGGCUGUUACCGGUUUCAUAACCAAGAACGGCAAUAUCUAUGAAAUUGAGGACAAAAAUGGCAUUGGUCAAAUUCAAUCUCGCCAAGCUGACGAUGAGGGCCAGCACAUUUGCAAUUACGGAGCUGUUGUCAUUUACAGCGAUGUACCCUGCGAACAAGUGACCAACGUUAAAGUAAGUGAAGUUGAGGAUAAACCUGCUUUAGAUCAAGCUCCAGUCCAGCAAAUGCAACAGGUUAACAAACCAGCUGAGAAUAACGACAACAAGCCUUCAGAUGAUAAAGAAAACUUAGAUGAACAGAAAAAACCCGAAAAACGCCGUCGUCGUCGUCCCAGCAACAAACGUCGCAACAACAAGAAGAACAAAAAAUCUAGCUUGAAGAAACAAAAGCGUCCCAAUAACACAAACAACAAUAGCAAUCGCAAACGCUUACAGCAAAAGCGUCGCCGUCAACAGCAGCAGCAACAACAGUUCAAUCGCCGCAAAUGGGAACAAGAGGAAGAUGAUGAUGAUGACGAAAGUCAACAUCAAUACAACCGCCGUCGUUGGCAACAAGAGCAGGAUGAUGAUGAUGAACGUCAAUUCCAAAAUCAACGUAGACGUAAACAAAACAAGAACCAAAAACGCCAACAAGCCCAGCGUUACACUUCCGAUUAUGAUGAUGCUGACUACUGA